GGAAGUUGAGCCUGCAAAGGCUUUCCUUGAGGUUAGCACACCUUGCUGUGCCUCGCCUGUCCCUUUCAGUCCCUGACUGGCCAGCUCCAUCUGAAAUCCGAGUGACCGGAGGAGGGACAAGGUAGUUACCUGGCUUCUAGGGUCAGAGGGAAGAAGAGAAUAACACAGUUCUUGGGAAUCCGACCGCACUGUGGCUGUGCUCCGUGCAUCCGCUGGGGGCCUAGCGGAGGAGGCUGGCCCUGUGGCGAUGGGAGAGAAGGGUCACCUGAGCCGGACACUGUUGGAGUGCAGUCUCAGUGACAAGCUGUGUGUUGUCCAGGCACAGCAGUAUGAAAUAAUCAUUGUUCCAGCUCUACUGGUUGGUGGCUUCCUUAUUUUUCUUGCAAUCAUCCUGUGGCUUUUUAUCAGAGGACAGAGAUCCCAGAGGCAGCGCCCUGGACACCGAGGCACUGCCUCUGUACCUGCAUCCAGGGGCCCAAGCCAGGAGGCAACAGAGCAAGGAGAAAAGGUGCUGGUGCCACUUAAGGAGACCUCAGUGGAGAGCUUUCUACGAGCGGUCGCGCCUCCCCUGGCUAAGCUGCAGGUGCCCAGGGAACAACUGUCAGACGUGGAUCUCGAGCAGAUCUACAAUGGCAGGUGUGGGACCCUCUAUCGUACCAGGAUGACCACUGGAGAUCAUGCUAAGCCAAGGAGUGUUGUCCUCAAGGCUUUAGAAGACCCAACUGGACUCCAGGAGGUCCAGGACUUCGUAGGGCGAAUCCAGUUCUAUCAGUACCUGGGGAAACACAGGAACCUGGUCCAGCUGGAAGGCUGUUGCACGGAAAGGCUGCCCCUCCUCAUGGUGCUGGAGGAUGUCGUCCCAGGAGACCUGCUCAGCUUUCUCUGGACCUGCCGCAGGGAUGUGAUGACCAUGGAUGGCCUGCUGUAUGAUCUCACAGAAAAACAGAUAUACCACAUUGGAAAGCAGGUCCUUUUGGCCCUGGAAUUCCUGCAGGAGAAACAUCUGUUUCAUGGGGAUGUAGCCGCCAGAAACAUCUUGAUCCAAAGUGACCUGACUGCCAAACUCUGCCGACUGGGCCUGGCUUAUGAAGUCCACGCUCAUGGGGCCAUCUCCACCGCUCGCGCCAGCACUAUCCCCCUCAAGUGGCUCGCUCCGGAAAGGCUCCUCCUGAGACCUGCAAGCAUCAGAGGAGAUAUUUGGUCCUUUGGGAUCCUGCUUUAUGAGAUGGUGACUCUAGGGGCACCGCCAUACCCUGAAGUCCCUCCCACUGGCAUCCUACAGUAUCUUCAGAGAAGUAAAAUUAUGAAGAGACCCAGCAGCUGCACACAUACCAUGUACAACAUCAUGAAGAGCUGUUGGUGCUGGAGUGAGGACAGCCGUCCCUUACUUGGAGAGCUACGCAUGCGCCUAGAAGCCGCCUCUAGAUCUGCGAAUGACAAGGCUGUGCUGCAAGUGCCAGAGUUAGUGGUGCCUGAACUGUAUGCAGAUGUGGCUGGCGUCAGUGAGGAGAGCCUUUCCUACAGCUAUAGUGUCCUUUGACGAUGCCCCAGACAAGUGACUACAUGGGCGGGAAUGAGUUCCUUCAAGAACACAGCGAAGGAACAUACUAUGAGCCACACAGGGAGGAAAAGGACAUGGAUCCCGCACCUUUCCCGAUACUACAUUUUCCUGUAAAUAUGAAAUGCUGCUGAAUGAGGCUCUACCUCUAUACACAUGUACUCUCAAGCAAAGAAUCAUCAGAAAUCUGUUUGCUUUCCAGUCCAGGGCCUGAGUAUAAGUGGUGGGCAGUCUCAUUCCAAUGGAGGUUUUUAAUAUUUUAUUUAUUUUUAUUAAAAUCCUGGGGUUUUCACAUGUAUAUUUUUGUCUCCCCCCAUUUCCACAUCUGACCACCAUUGUGAAUAUGUCCUAUCAUAACAUUCUAUACAUACUUAAAACCAAGUAAAGGGUGGUGUUCCAUCCUUGAAACCUAAACAGGCAUUUUAGACAACACAUUCUUGGCAAUUGAACCUUGAUAAUGUUUAUCAAACACAGUAGGGAAAGUUCUCACUUUCCAGUAUAAAAAGGACAGCCAGAUAUCAGCUGUCACCAAAAUGAAGUGAGACACAACAUUUCAAACUGUUUAAACCAUUUUCUUAAAAAGGCUUCCUUCCCUGCCAGAGAUCUUGAAUAGCCCAAAGGAGGUUUUUGAAAUCUGCAAUAAUUACUUGAGGGAUAGGGCAAAAGGGCUGGUCCCACCCACCCAAGGUUGGUUUACUACUGAAACAUUCCUUUUAAAUCUAAAAUAUUAAACGGUUCAAAUAAAUCAGAAGGGAAUGAAGGGAUAGAAACCAAACAUGGGGAUUCAUGAGAAAGAAUAUUUCAAGAUUAUUUUUGCUGAGCAAUGUAAGGUGGAUCAAGAUCUCCUUCAAGGAGAAGUCUUGUUCCUUCUAGUGAGGAACUUAAUAUUGAGGAAACAUAGAUGUUAUUCAGUACUAGUCCCUUCUUGAAGAGCUGGAGCAUAAUUACGAGAAAUAAUUCUGAGUUUUUCAUUGAAUGUAGAUACAAGAAUCUCCUUUUAUUGAACUCUGAGAUAGGUGGACCCUGUUUGUACUAAGUUUAAUUAGAAGCAGGAGUCAUUUCAUGAUUAAGAACAUUGUUCAUUACAUUUGCUUGCUAGUUCCUGUAAGACUAAGGAGAAUAAACCCAAAGAACCAAAGUUAGAACCAGUGAUGAAGUGUGUGUCUGUGUAUCUAUGUGUGUGUGUAUGUGUGUGUGUGUGUGUGUGUGUGUGUGUAUGUGUGUAUACAUGUAUGGAUAACAAAUAGAAAGUAUGGAAACCAAGCAAGAAGACUUAAAAACCCAAGAUGGUCAUUCAGCGGUACAGAGAAGUAAUCUGAUAGGGAUGGGUGUCAGCUUCUGCUUUCCAACCAUCCAUCGAGACACUGAGAAACAUCCAUUAAAUUAGUAUUCCUUGACUCGAGGUAGACUUUCAUGGGGUAUAGCUGCCCAAAUCUCUACACUAGGGAGGACAAAAGAAAGUAAAUGGAACUUAGUUUUAAUAGGAAAGUUAAAGAGCCUACAUUGUCUAAAAAAAGAUUCUUUGUGUGCACAAUGAGAAGAUUGCCUUACAGAGUUGGUGUGAGGGUGAAUGAAAAUACAUAUUUGUAUAAUAUGUUGCACAUAAUAUGUUCUCAAUAAAUGUUUCUUUUUCCCCUUUUCUAACUCUGAA